AUGGCUGAGGAUGGCCUGGAUGCAUCACAUGCCAUCAUCGACCAGUGGGCCGAUGUCUGUGUGCACUUGGAAACGUGGCAAAAAAAGCGCCCCAAACAACUGGCCAAUCUGGUGUACGCUGGCGUGCCAGAGCAUCUGCGCUGCAUCGUCUGGCAAAAAUUUGCUGAAGUCCACGCCAAGCAAGCCACCGGCGUGUCAACCGAGGGUGCCAUUCCUGCCGACCUAGUUCAAGAUGGGACUGAUACCGGCACCGCUCCCUCAUAUGCCGAGCUUCUAGCCCGCGACAGCUCUUUUGACAAGCUCAUUCGACUGGACAUUGCCAGGACCUUUCCCGAGCACGAAAUGUUUGCCAGCAACGAGGGCCUCGGCCAAGAAGUUCUGUAUAACGUCGUCAAAGCAUAUUCCAUCUACGAUAACGUCGUGGGCUAUUGUCAGGGUAUCCCAUUCCUGGUUGGUCUCCUGCUCAUGCACAUGCCUGAGGAGGAAGCCUUUCAGCUUUUGGUCGUGAUUGUCCGAGACUACGGCCUCAAGGGACUCUUCAAGCCCACGAUGGCCGAUCUUCCGCUCCGACUGUACCAACUUGAGACCUUGCUCCGUCAUGCUUACCCUCGUGUCAUGGCACACUUUGAUGACCUCGACGUCUCCUGUAAUAUGUUUGCCACGCAGUGGUUCAUGACGCUCUUCUCCAGCACGAUGCCGCUCAAGCUCAGCUUUCGCAUCUUUGAUCUCUUUUUACACGAAGGCGUCGAUGCCAUCUUUCGCGUGGCCCUGGCCAUCAUCGGGCAGAGCCAGCGCGAUUUGCUUCGAGAGAACUUUGAAGGCGUGAUGGGCCUUCUGUCUCGUGACAAGCUUUUCAAGCGUUACGAGAACAAUGGCCACUCCUUGAUGAUGGCAGCCAAGAGUGUGGUCCUGAAUCUGAAGCGUCUGCAAAAGGCCGAACGUGACUAUUUAGCAGCCCAGCGUCAGGAGGAGCAGCUUCAGCGAGAGGUUGAUGAGUGGCGCUCCAAGUGCCAUGAGCUGACAGCGGAGAACGAGUCUCUUCGCGACAAAGUUGCAUCGCUUGAAGAAGCCUACCAUGUUCUUGCCACUAAAAAUCUCGACAUUAGUAUACGCCUGGCUUCCUCCACUGACGCGCUGGAAUCAGCUCAAAGCGAGGUCAGUGUCCACGAGCUCUAUACCUGCAAACGUCUGCUUUGUGCCGCGCCCCACCACUAUCGCGCCUGGCUUCUCCAGCCCUGA